AUGCUGAGCGGAGACCUGGUCGCCCUGUGGGAGGUGGCGCUGAGUGACGGCGUUUACAGGAUUGAGUUUGCUCAUGGCACCACCACCGGGAAACGUGUUGUUUGUGUCAACGGACAGGAAGUCAUCAGGAAGGACUGGAUGUUCAAGCUGGUUGGAAAGGAAACCUUCACGGUCGGAGGCAGCAACACCAAAGCCACCAUAAACAUCGAGGCCAUCACCGGCUUCGCCUACGAGUACUCGCUGGAGGUGGACGGGAAGAGUCUGCAGAAGUUCAUCGACAACAGAGCCAAGAGCACCAAGACCUGGCUGCUGAAGGUGGAGGGGGAGGACUACAGGGUCGUACUGGAGAAAGACACGAUGGAUGUUUGGUGCAACGGGCAGAAGAUGGACACAAUGGGAGAGUUUGUAGAUGACGGCACAGAAACGCACUUCAUGGUGGGGGAACACGAGUGCUGCAUCAAAGCUACGAGCAGUGGGAAGAAAAAGAGCGGCAUUGUGCACUAUUUACUGCUGGAUGGAGAGAAAAUACCAGCCUCUACACAAUAGUGCCGCAGCACGCUGUUGGAACAGUGCUGAACUUUCAAAGAGACUCUGAGAAUGAGGUAUUUUCAUAUGACACACAUGGAGGGAUCAAUACCAUUGAUUUCUGAUCAUUUAGUUUGUUUUUAUUAUAAAUGUAGAAAACACAGAUGCAAAUAUGUUCAUAAAAAUAUAGCAAAUAAACA